GAUUAAUUGAUUAUUUUCAGUUUUUUUAACUUGGAAGUAUAAUUAAUAAGUUAAAGGAAAAAAUUCUACUGUGAUAAUUUUACUUUAAUACUUGUGCAUCCUGAAUAAUUUUUUUCCAAUGUUUCACAGUUUAAAUAUAGCUGUACCUGAACACCACACUCAAACUCUGCGUUAAAGCUGAAUAAUUUUCUGUUCAUAAAAAUCCUGUUUGUUGUUCUCUUCCCUAUGCAGCGAGUAUUUACCAUUUCAGAGAAGGUAGUUGCAGGUAAUCUUUUACAAUACCGCUGGCAGAAAACGUUGGGUAACUACAUAGCUGUCACUGGGUCUGAUCACACAGUGAAGAUCUUUGAUCGACAUGGGCACAAAAGGAAUGCAAUUAAUCUUCCAGGAAUUUGUAUUUCUAUGGAUUGGGAUAAAGAUGGAGACACCUUGGCUGUAAUUGCUGACAAAUCAAAUACCAUCUAUCUAUGGGAUGCAAACACUCACAGAACAUCACAGUUGGACAGUGGUAUGAGGGACCAGAUGUCAUUUCUGCUGUGGUCAAAAGCAGGAUCACAACUUGCUGUUGGAACAACCAAAGGAAAUCUGCUUAUUUAUAACUUACAGACUUCCCGUAAAGUCCCAGUCCUCGGAAAACAUACAAAACGCAUCACUUGUGGUUGCUGGAGUUCCCAGAAUCUGCUUGCAUUGGGUGGUGAAGACAAAGCAAUAACUGUUAGCAAUCAAGAGGGCGAUACCAUUAGGCAGACCAUAGCGAGAGCAGAGCCAAGUGACAUUCAAUUCUCUGUGAUGAAGACUGAUGAACGGGCAUCAAUGGGAGAAAACACGGUCAGUGUCGUUUUGGGGAAGAAAAUACUAUUUCUGUUUAAUUUAGGCGAUCCUGAUAACCCUAUUGAAUUGGCAUUCCAGCAACGUUAUGGCAGCAUUAUAUCUUACAGAUGGUUUGGAAAUGGGUACAUCAUGAUUGGCUUUUCUCAAGGUUACUUCGUAGUGAUUUCAACACACAUUCGUGAAAUUGGCCAAGAACUAUUCCAAGCCCACAAUCAUAAAGACAGUUUGACGAGUAUUGCCAUCUCUCAAUCCCUGAACAAAGCUGCUUCCUGUGGAGACAACUGCAUUAAGAUCCAUGACCUGUCAGAAAUGAAAGAAAUGUAUGCUAUUGUAAACCUGGAUGAUGAAACCAAAGGUCUGGAUCAACUAUCUUGGACAGAUGAUGGACAGUUGCUUGCUAUAUCUACACAGCGUGGAACACUACAUGUUUUCCUCACAAAACUUCCAGUUCUUGGAGAUACUUGUGGUACUCGCAUUGCCUUCUUGACAUCUCUGCUGGAGGUCACAGUGGUCAAUCAUGUAGAGGGAGAACCAGAAACCACAGUUUCUGUUGAAGUAGAGCCUAACUUUAUCGCUGUAGGCCCAUAUCACGUGGCUGUUGGUAUGAAUAAUCGUGCUUGGUUUUAUGCCCUUGGAGAGAAACAAGUGGAGAAGCUAAAGGACGUGGAGUAUUUGGGCACUGUAACUAAUAUGUGCUUGAAUUCAGACUAUGCAGCAGUGCUUUUUGAGGGAAGAGUUCAGCUACACAUGAUCAGUUCCAGCUUCGAUUCUAUGCUCCCAGUUAUGCAGCAGAUUGAAAUGGAAGGUAUAGAAGCACAGGAGGAGAGAGAAACUCGUCUUUUUCCUGGACGUGAUGAUAAGUACCGAGUUACAUGCCAUGCACUUGCUGCUGACUUCUUGAUCUAUGGAACAGAUAGUGGCAUCAUUCAGUAUUUCUAUAUUGAAGACUGGCAAUAUGUGAAUGAAUAUCGGCAUACAGUCAGUAUCCGUAAAGUUUUCCCUGAUCCCAGUGGAACCAGAAUAGCAUUCAUUGAUGACAAGAGUGAUGGCUUUGUCUAUUGCCCAGUAAAUGAUAGUGUAUAUGAGAUCCCAAAUUUUCCCACAACUGUAAGAAGCAUCCUCUGGGAACACUUCACAAUGGAUAAAGGAGUCUUUAUUGCUUAUGAUGAUGAUAAAGUGUAUACCUACGUCUUUCACAAGGGCACUAUUCAAGGUUCCAAGGUCAUAUUGGCAGGUGCUACUAAACUUCCAUUUUCUUAUAAGCCACUGUUGUUAUAUAAUGGAGAAUUAACCUGUCAGAUGCAAAGUGGGAAAAUCAACACUAUUCUCUUAAGCACACAUUCUUUUCUUGGUGGAUUGAAAGACCUUGGAGCUAAUGACCUUCAGUCAGCUUUAACCCAGAGUUUAAUGCUGAAAAGGUUUACUGAAGCAUGGAGUGUGUGCAAAAUAAUUAAUGAUCCUCCAGCAUGGACCGAGCUAGCACGUGCCUGCCUCCACCACAUGGAGGUGGAUUUUGCAAUACGUGUAUAUCGAAUAAUUGGAAAUGUAGGAAUGGUGAUGUCAUUGGAAGAGAUCAAGGGAAUAGAAGAUCACAACCUACUAGCUGGGCAUCUUGCAAUGUUUGCAAACGAAUUUAAUCUGGCACAGGAUCUAUAUCUGGCCUCCAGUUGUCCAAUUGCUGCCCUAGAGAUGCGGAGAGACUUACAACAUUGGGACAGUGCUUUGCAGUUAGCAAAACGAUUGGCUCCUGAUCAAAUUCCAUUUAUCUCCAAAGAAUAUGCUAUUCAACUGGAAUUCACGGGCGACUAUGUCAAUGCAUUGGCACAUUAUGAGAAAGGCAUGGCUGGAGACAAUAAGUACCUUGACCAUGACGAAACUUGUUCAGCCGGAAUUGCAAGAAUGUCGAUACGUAUGGGGGAUAUUCGACGUGGAGUCAACCAGGCAAUCAAACACCCCAGCAGAAUUUUGAAGAAAGACUGUGGUGUUAUUCUAGAGAGCAUGAAGCAAUUCUCUGAGGCUGCUCAAUUAUAUGAAAAAGGACAGUACUAUGAAAAGGCUGCAUCUGUUUACAUUCGUUGUAAAAAUUGGGCAAAAGUUGGUGAACUUCUCCCUCAUGUAACAUCUCCUAAGAUACACUUGCAGUAUGCAAAAGCUAAAGAAGCUGAUGGCAGAUAUAAAGAAGCUGCAACAGCUUAUGAAAAUGCCAAAGACUGGGACAAUGUAAUUCGAAUUCAGUUGGAUCAUCUCAGUAAUCCAGAAGAAGCUGUUCGUAUCAUCCGUGAAACCCAGUCAAUUGAUGGAGCCAAAAUGGUAGCUAGAUUCUUCCUGCAUCUUGGUGAUUAUGGCUCUGCCAUCCAGUUCCUGGUGAUGUCUAAAUGUAAUGACGAAGCCUUUCGCCUUGCACAGCAACAUAAUCAGAUGGAAGUUUAUGCAGACAUCAUUGGUCCUGAUGCCAAUAAUGAAGACUAUCAGAGUAUUGCAUUGUAUUUUGAAGGUGAAAAGAAACAAUUCCUUGCUGGAAAAUUCUUCAUGCUUUGUGGUCAGUAUGCACGAGCAUUGAAACACCUGUUGAAAUGUCCAGUGUGUGAAGAUGGCCAGGCCAUUGAGAUGGCUAUUGAAGCAGUUGGACAAGCCAAGGAUGAAGUUCUAACUAAUCAACUGAUAGAUUAUUUAAUGGGCGAAGGUGACGGAAUGCCAAAGGAUGCAAAGUAUCUUUUCCGCCUGUAUAUGGCAUUAAAGCACUAUCAGGAGGCAGCCAGAACAGCAAUAAUAAUAGCCAGGGAAGAACAAUGUGCAGGAAAUUAUAGGAAUGCACAUGAUGUGCUUUUUAGUAUGUACACAGAGCUUAAAGCACAGAAGAUCAAAAUCCCUUCAGAAAUGGUAACAAACCUUAUGAUUCUGCACAGCUACAUCCUGGUAAAGACUCAUGUGAAGCGUGGGGACCAUAUGAAAGGGGCAAGGAUGCUCAUUAGAGUUGCAAAUAACAUCAGCAAGUUUCCAUCUCAUAUCGUACCGAUUCUGACAUCAACAGUAAUUGAAUGUCACCGAGCAGGAUUGAGGAACUCUGCAUUUAGCUUCGCUGCAAUGCUGAUGAGGCCAGAGUACAGAAACAAAAUUGAUGCAAAGUAUAAAAAGAAAAUAGAGGCUAUGGUUAGGCGGCCUGAUGCAUCAGAAGUGGAAGAGUUUACCUCACCGUGCCCAUACUGUGCUUUUCAGUUACCAGAAUGCGAACUGCUCUGUCCAGGUUGCAAAAACAACCUGCCUUACUGCAUUGUUACAGGUCGCCAUAUGGUGAAGGAUGACUGGACGGUUUGUCCCCACUGUGACUUUCCUGGAUUGUACUCAGAAUUCAAAACUCUGCUAGCCACAGAGAAAACUUGUCCGAUGUGUGCAGAGAAACUGAGUGUGGACCAGCUGUCGAAAAUCAGUGAGCCAACACCAUACCUCCUACAGGACAACACUGAUUAAUGAGAGGGUUUGAAGGGUACUUGCAAUACAAGAUUCAGCAGGAGACACUCAAGACAAGUAUGACACACUACUAGCAGUUUAGUUCAAUAUACUAGUUACUUUUUUCAAAAUAUUUAUGGCCAGAAACUGUAUAUAACCACUGAGGAAAUGCAGAAUAAAUUUAUAUUAAAAUCUUAAUAAAGUUUUUAGUAAAUGCAUGAUGGGCAAUUUCGUGUUGACUUAAACAUAACAAUAGAGCGAUUUCAACCUUUAGGAUACUGUCUCCAUCCAUUACAAUCUCAGUCUGCACUGUCAUAAACUGCCCUUUUGAGGGGGUUGCAUGGUAGCUCACCCUCAAGGUUAUACAAGACAAAAAAAAAUUACAAACGUUUGUACAAUACAACUCCUGUCAGUGCAAGGUAUCAAACUAAUUAGUUGAGCAGAAGCUGGCACUGCAUAUUAGGGAAUAGAUUGCAGGCAUGGAUUUAGCACAAAUGAAUCUUUUCAACUCAACUCAGCUGACAAGAGGGUAUCUUUAAAACCUCCCUCAAAUCCUGGCCAGAGUGAAUAAAUCCCCAUUUUCAGAGUAUUCAGAAGUGAUAAAUCAAGUAGCUGAUCACUCCAUUGUGUUUACACAGCUAGCCUUAAAGUUGGUCGCUGACCCAGUAUUUCCAACUGUGAUGUUCAGACCAUAAAGCUACUAUUUAUAGGUGGUCUGUAAAUAAAUAAGUUUAUUAAUUUGUUUUAUAUAAUGCUGUACAAUCUACUUUAUCUGACAAGUUUUCAAUCCUAGGUGGCCAGUUAUUGGUAGAUAGACAGACAUACUUUAUUAAUCCCAAGGGAAAUUGGUGACUCAUUUCCACAUACACAAAAUAAUUAAUUUCCACCCAUCAUUUAUUGACCACUCCAACUGUCCUUGAAGAUCACAGUGAUCUGCUACCUUGAACAACAUGGAGCAGAAUUAGUUUAUUUGGCCCAUUGGGUCUGCUCCACCAUUUCAUCAUGGUCGAUCCAUUUUCCUUUCAACCCCAUUCUGUCUUCUCCCCAUAUCCUUUCACGCCCUGACUAAUCAAGAAUCUUAUCAACCUCCACCUUAAAUACACUCACAGCUACCUUGUGGCAACGAGUUCCAGAUUCAGCACUCUCUAGCUAAAGAAAUUCCUCAUCUCCUUUCUAAAUGGAGAUCACUUUAUUCUGAGGCUGUGCCCUCUGGUCCUAAACAUCCUCUGCACAUCCACUCUAUUAAGGCUGUUCAACAUUCAAUCAAAUACUCCCCUCACCCCCAUUCUUUUAAAUACCAGCAAGUAAAACCCAGAGACAUCAAUUGUUCCUUAUACAAUAAGCAUUUCAUUCCUGGAAUCAUUUUCAUAAACCUCCUCUGAACCCUCUCCAGUGUCAACACAUCAUUUAUUCAAUAAGGACUCAAAACUGCUCACAAUACUCUAAGUAAGGCCUCACCCAUGCCUUAUAAAGCCUCAGCAUUUUAUCCUUGCUUUUAUAUUCUAGUCCAUGUUGCAUUUGCCUUCCUCACCACAGACUCAACCUGCAAAUUACAUUUAGGGAAUCCUGCACGAGGACUCCCAAGUCCCUUUGCACCUUGGAUUUUUGAAUUUUCUCUGUGUUUAGAAAAUUGUCUAUGCUUUUAUUCCUUCAACCAAAGUGCAUGAUCAUACACUUCCUGACACUGUAUUUCGUUUGCCAUUUCUCUGUCCAUUCUCCUAAUCUGUCCAAGUCCUUCUGCAGCCUCCCUGCUUCCUCAACAGUACCUGUGCCUCAACCUAUCUUUAUAUCAUCCACAAGCUUGGCCACAAAAACCAUCAAUUCUGUAAUCCAAAUCAUUAACAUACAACAUAAAGAGAAGCGGUCCCAAAACUGACCCCAGUGGAACACCACUAGUCACAGGCAGCCAAUCAGAAAAGGCUCCUUUAUUCCCACUCUUUGCCUCCUGCCAUUCAGCCAAUGCUAGUAUCUCUCCUGCAAGAGCCCGUUGUAUUAUCUUUUUAAGCAGCCUCGCGUGCGGCACCUCUCUGCUGAGGGUUCUCCCAAACUACUGUUAGAUGGAGUGCUUCAGGAUUUAGAUCCAAUGUAACACAGGUACAGUGACACAAGGUCAACUCAGGAGUGGGAACUGGAACACACAGAUGGUGAUGCUCCCCCAAGCCUGCUGCCUUGUAUGGAAGCAGCAGUUGUGGAGGUGCUAUUGGAGCAGUCUGGGCAAGUAUUUAAGGAGCAUUUUAUAAAUAAGUACCCAUUGCAGCCACUCCACUAAUAAAGGAGAGAGUGAAUAUUUAGGAUCCUGCAGUGUUGUUGGAAUUGUGCUCCUUCAGACAAGUGGGGAGCUUUCAAUCAAAACCCUGACAUACCUCAUACAUGCAGGAAAUGUACCAGGACAUUUCCCAACCUGUGAAGCUAUAGUACUCUUACGGCUGGUGCUGUUGAGUUUUCUGUCAAUGCUGUGCCAGUGCCACUACGUUUCAGGGGCAGUGAUUACUCAAAUUAUGAUGCCAUGAUAUUUGCUGAUCUUGCAGAGUUUCAUAGAGCAGAGAACAGUUAGGCCCUACAGCUAACAAUGUGGAGUAGCUUUAUAAUGGUUGGCACAAUCAAUCCAGCCCUUCCUUCCUGCACAGUCAUAACCCUCCAUUUUUCUAAUAUCUGUGUGCCUAUCUAAGAGUUUUAAAUGCCUGUUUCUGCUGAAGAUCUUUCACAACUAAUGGAGGACUGACCCAGAAAGCCAAUUUAAAUGCAUUUAAAGUCAACCACAGCAAUCAUGAUAGAUUUAUGCCAGCAUCAGGGAUAUGGCAACUAUGAAUCUUGAAAGUUAAUACAUGCCUGGCCUGUUAUAUAAAAAAAACACUUCAGGAAACUUUGAGGGCAAAAAAAAGCACAAAAUCUAAGAGCUAAAAAUAACAGACUGCAAUGGACAAAAUGGCUACUACAGCAAAUUAUUUGAAACAGCGAGACUUGAUCAGGGAAAUUAAGUAUACCGUUUAGAUUUCCAUAAAUCCUUCACAAAAGUACUGUGAGUUGGACUCAUGGUUAAAACUCAGAACACAAAAGGCAAAGUAGCAAAAUGGAAAGAACAGGCUACAAAGCAGACUUUAAAACUAGUGGGAAUUGGUGUUCCGCAGGGAUCAACUCUUGGAACAUUAUUGUUCACUGCCAAGAUCAAAAAUUUGGACUCAGCUGUGAAGUGCUGACAACACCAAAAUAAUGAGUUACAACAGCAGGCUGUGGAAAAACAGAGGAAGAUAUUAAUAUGCACAAACAGGAGGUUUGAAACAGGCAUAUGAAACUCCUUAUAAAGUAACAAUGUGGUCACAUUCUUUGCAAAGAUAUUUAUAUGUAGGUAAAGUAGCAAAGGCAGAGCGCAAACAAAUAAUGUGAAGUUAACAAUACUGAUUAUUUUUGGUGGGGUGGGAAGAGGAGAUUAAUUCUUAAUUGAAAUGAACCCAAGUAUUUCCUUAAAAUGAAGUGAAGUCCAGUGAACCUUAACCGUUACCUUGGGUAGACACAUUUAGAAUUCAGUAUUAUUCCAU